AUGGCAACUCAGACGACGACAGUGACCCAACUCAAGGUUUCCGCUCAGGAUCGUCCUUUCUUCACCCUCGACGAGCUCAUCAAGAGACGGGCACUCGAACUCGGUGAUGCGCCCUUACUUGGGUACCCUAACGAGGGCCUUCUAGAUUUCGAGGAGCACAGCGCUCGCGCCGUGGACCGGUAUGUCGACGCCGCCGUGCAGAGGCUACAGCAGCUGGGUCUAUCCUCCGUUGACUCAAAUUCUGAGAAGGCCCCCGUGAUAGGAAUCCUCGCUCACUCCGGUUUGCAUGUCGUCAUCACGAUUAUGGCUCUUAGCCGGCUAGGAUACGCAGUGUUUCUUGUCUCGACGAGGCUUCAGAGCCCAGGAAUCGCCCGCCUUUGUGAGUUGGCGGACUGCAGUACCAUGCUCACCACAUCAAAUUUCCAUCCUGUUCUAGCCGAAGUUCAGCAGGAACGCGAGCUCGAUGUUUUGCCACUGCUGUCUCACUCAGACUACUACGGCAGAGAUGCCCCCGUGUUUUCCAGAACCUAUGACCCGGAGCGAGAAUCGAGGAAAAUUGCCGCCAUCAUCCACUCCUCCGGUUCGACAGGCCUUCCGAAACCAAUCUACCUAACUCACAAGAGCUGCAUUGGGGCCUUUUCCGUUCACAUGAAUAUGAAGGCCUUUAUUGUAUCACCCUUAUUUCACAGCCACGGAUUUUACGAGACAUUUCGCUCAAUCUACUCAAAGAAGCCCAUCUAUUAUGGUAACUACAAUCUGCCUCUGACGAGACAGAAUCUCAUCCAGAUGAUCAACUACGUCAAGCCUGAAAUCUUCCACGUGGUUCCCUAUGUCGUGAAGUUACUAGCUGAAACAGACGAGGGUAUCCAGGCGUUGGCAAGUGUGAAACUCGUUCUCUUUGGGGGAAGUAGCUGUCCAGAUGACCUUGGCGACCGUCUGGUCAGUAACGGGGUCUAUCUCGUCGGAAACUACGGAUCAACUGAGGUAGGCAGAUUGAUGAACUCCGUUCGUCCGCCAGGCGAUAAAGCCUGGAAUUAUCUGCGUCCUCUCCCCUCCGCCAAGCCCUACGUUCUCAUGGAUGAGGUCUCUCCCGGGAUCUACGAGUGUGUCUGCCUCGACGGCAUCCCCUCGAAGUCGACAUCGAACUCGGAUUCGCCACCAAACUCAUUUCGAACGCGUGAUCUCUUCGUGAAACAUGCCACGCAGCCCGACUGGUGGAAGUAUGUCAGCAGACUUGACGACAGGUUCACUCUGAUCAAUGGCGAAAAGGUGCUCCCUAUUCCCAUCGAAGGGAGAAUCCGCCAAGAGGAAAUUGUCAAAGAGGCUAUAGUCUUUGGCGAGCAGAGAAGUUAUCCCGGUGCUCUAAUCGUCAAGGCGGACAAUGCUACGAGCCUAACUGAUGCGGAGUUCGUUGAAGCGAUCUGGCCGGCAGUUGAAGCCGCGAAUGCGAAAGCCGAGUCAUUCUCGCGCAUACCUCGAGAGCUCAUCAUUGUGCUUCCAUCGGAGACACAGUACCCCCGCACUGACAAGGGAACCUUUAUUCGGGCGCCGUUCUAUCAGCAAUUUGAAAAAGAGAUACAGAUCGCCUAUGACAGGUAUGAGAAUGAAGAAGAAGGAGGCAGGUUGUCUCUUGCGGGCCAAGAGCUAGAGAUCUGGCUUUUGCAGCAACUCAAAAAGCAGUUGGGUAUCGACUUACCAUCUGCCGACGCAGAUUUCUUCGCUUCUGGCGUUGAUAGCCUCCAUUGCAUCCAGAUGUGGAGUCUGAUCAAGAGGGAAGUCGAUUUGGGUGGUCGUCAAAGCUACCUGGGACAGAACGUUCUCUACGAAUCUGGAAACACCCGAAAACUCUCUGAACAUCUCGUUGCACUGAGAAACGGUCAAGUCGAAGCGGUUCAAGAUGAGCUACGAAAAAUGCAGGAUUUGGUAGCCAAGUACUCCUCCAUCACACCGCACGUCGCUUGUACAGCCCCGAAACCUGAGAAGCAUCUCGUGUUCCUCACUGGAGUGACAGGCGGCUUAGGAGCUCAUCUUCUUGGCCAACUCGCUGCCCUCCCUACCGUAUCCUCAGUUUGGGCAGCCGUCCGCGCACCCGACGAUACCGCCGCAGCAUCUCGCAUCGCACACUCACUUACCUCGCGCGGCAUAUCCCUAAGCCCCCUCCAACAAUCUAAAGUGGUGCCAUUAUCCUGUGAUCUAGGCCUCCCAGAUUUCGGCAUCGGUGCCACCCGCAUCGCCGACCUGAAGUCGAGGCUCACAAUCGUAAUUCACAGCGCCUGGGCCGUCAACUUCAACAUCCCCGUACAGAGCUUUGAAGACCAGCAUAUAAAGGCAGUACACAACCUCAUCCAGCUGUGCCAGUCCGUCGAGACACCCAAUCCUGCGCGGUUCUUCUUCUGCUCAUCCGUCUCCGCGUCAGGUGGGUCGCCUAGGCACGGUAAUGUGCCGGAGGGACCGGUCCCGACGCCGGCAUGGGCGCAGGGAACGGGCUAUGCGCGGUCCAAGUGGGUGUCUGAGCAUAUCACGCGUAAUGCGAAUCUGAACGCCGGUGCGCCUGCAAGAGUCUUGAGGAUCGGGCAGCUUGUGGGUGACAGUAAGGUCGGUGAAUGGAACACGACUGAGGGUAUUCCAUUGAUGAUUCAGACGGCUGUCACGCUUGGUUCCUUGCCGAAUCUAGAUGAGGAGAUGACUUGGCUGCCCGUCGACCAUGCUGCAGCGGCCAUCUUGGAACUCGUCAAUGCCGACGCGACCCCGGAACCGAGCGAGCGCGAUACCGAUCCCGACUUGGUGUACCACGUCCUUAACCCGACGCGCUUCCACUGGACCCGUGAUAUGCUUCCAUCCUUAUCCGAAGCUGGUCUGCGGUUUGAGAUACUCCCAACUGAGCAGUGGAUGGACAAGUUGCGGCAGUCUAAACGGGACCCGAAGAAGAAUCCGCCGAUCAAGCUCCUGGAUUGGUUUGAGAGCAAGUAUGGACGUACGGCUUCUGCGAAUAAGGGGGUCCUGGCAUAUUCAACGGCGGAAACUGAGAGGGACAGUACAACGUUGAGAGAACUACCGGAUGUCACGGAUGUAAGGUUCAUCACGACGUUGGUCGAGAGGCUGAAAGCUGGAUGGGCGGCGGACGAUAGCGCAUGA